GUGUGCUGGGUAUUCUUAGCUCCAAGCCGCCCGUCUCUGCCACCCCGUCGCGCAGCCUUCGUCUGCCUCAGUGUGCCGUCGCUCCAUCUCCUACCCGAUGCUGCACACCACCGCCUUCUGCUGCCUGGGGAAUCGCCCAUCGCCUGCCGUCGCCCGCCAGCCCGCCGCCUAAACUCGCCGCAUGCUUGCGCGACCUCGCCUUACCCACCGCCGCCGCAUCUCCUGCCUGCGUGGUCGGCCUUCGCCGCCAUGACAUCGUUCUUCGGGAGGCUAAAGUCUGGCACGAGUCCGGCGAGCCCUGCGUCGAGCAAUCCGCCUGCGAAGAAGGACCCCCAUGCCCCACAACUGACCCCUCUCGAGAAGCUCCUCGCCGAUGCGGGCCCAAUACGCGGCGACGGUAGCGACAAGUUCUUUGGCUUUGAAAACUUUGGAAGCACAUGUUACUGCAACUCUAUAAUACAAUGUCUAUACUACUCGGUCCCGUUCCGGGAACAGGUCAUCCACUUUCCCUCCAGAUCACCGCCGGAAGCCCUCGAGCGGCCCGCGAACGCACCUUUACCGCGAUUGAACACCGACCUGAUGCCUACCGCAAAUGGCCAAAACUCGGCCCUCUCGCCCAAGGGAAGGAACUCGGUAUCCAGCCCGAGCACAGCGUCACCCAGGAAGCCCGUAACAACCCCCGGGGGCGCCGUAAACCCCCAGGCCACCAAACCCGAGGAUAACAAGGACUCGCCCGAGUACAAGAAGAAGCAAGCGCUAGCGGCAGGCCCUGUAUUAACCAUGGACUACGAGAACUCAAAGGCAUACGGCAUGUCCGAGUCUCUUUUCACCUCGCUAAAGGACAUAUUUGAGGCAAUAAUUGCACAUAGGUCACAUAUUGGCGUGGUGAGCCCGCACAAGUUCCUCGAAAUCCUGCGGCGAGAGAAUGAGAUGUUUCGCACCGCGAUGCACCAAGAUGCGCACGAGUUCUUAAACCUGCUCUUAAACGAGGUGGUGGAGAACGUGGAGCACUUUUCCAAGUCGCGAAUACAGGAAAUCGGCCAUUCAGAAGCCAAUGGCCUGACAGUAAAUUCUGGCGUGGUCGUGCCAGAUCGGACGUCGACGAUGUCGAGCACAACGGGCUGGGUACACGAACUUUUCGAAGGCACACUGACAUCUGAAACAAGAUGUCUGACCUGCGAGAACACUUCGCAAAGAGAUGAAGCUUUCCUGGACCUGUCCGUCGAUUUGGACCAGCACUCGUCAGUGACGAGCUGCCUGCGAAAGUUCUCCGAGGAGGAAAUGCUUUGCGAACGUAACAAGUUUCACUGCGAUAAUUGCGGAGGAUUGCAAGAGGCGGAGAAGAGGAUGAAGAUCAAGCGACUACCAAAAAUUCUUGCGCUGCAUCUGAAGAGAUUCAAAUAUACCGAGGAUCUACAGCGUUUACAGAAGCUGUUUCACCGCGUAGUAUACCCCUACUAUUUGCGGUUAUUCAACACGACCGAUGAUGCGGAAGAUCCGGAUAGACUAUACGAGUUGUAUGCAGUAGUGGUCCACAUAGGAGGCGGACCUUACCACGGACACUACGUAUCGAUCAUCAAGACGCAGGACAGGGGAUGGCUGCUAUUCGAUGACGAGCUCGUGGAGCCUGUGGAUAAGGCGUAUGUUCGGAACUUUUUCGGAGGUGCAAAUGCGCUUGCGUGCGCCUAUGUCCUUUUCUACCAAGAGACGACGGAGGAGGCGAUGCAGCGAGAACUGGAGGACGAGGGUCUGGCUGCUGCGAAGCAGGCGACUGAGGCGACCGCAGAGACAGUCACUGUUACGACGCCGAAAGCGAAUGGCGUUGUGAAUGGGCACCCCCUUAUGCAUUCGACAACACCUAUUGCAGAGCAGGACAAUCACUUUGCGAGCCUAAGCCACGCGCCGACAGCACCACUGUUACCCCACGAGCACAAUUCCCUGGAUCACAUAGCGACGAGCAUUCCGAUAUUGGGUACGCGAAAGAGCAACCUCCAGUCCAAAAAAGAGAAGGCAGAAAGGGCCAAGGAAGAGAAAGAGCGCAAGGCACAGGAGAAGGAGCUAGAAAAGCAAGCCAAGCAGAAGCGCAAAGAGAUGGAAACACAACGCAGGGAGAACUACCGCAGACAAGAGGAGGAACUCCGCCAGGCGCUUGCAGCAUCUCGACUCACGGCGAACGAGGAGAAUAAGAAGAGGUACGAAGGAACGGGAGUAGACCAUGAGAAAGAAGCGGAGAAGGCAAACGGCUUUGGAAGCAAGACCGGCUUGAGCAGGUUCAGACACAGCUCUAUGAGCUUACGUCACAAGCCGAAGUUUUGGCCAGGCGGGAAAGACAAGCACGACGAGUCGGGUGAGCACGAUACUCCUAGCAUACCCGGCGUAGACACAGAAGGUGGCAGCGCCACUCCCCUGGCGACACCUGAUAAAGCGGAAAAGGAGAAGAAGAACCGGUUCAGCCUGGGGCGCAAGAAGUCGACAUUCCACCUCUAAUGGCAUCAAUCGACACGAUCGUCAUUCUCAACACCCCAGACGGAGGCACCCGUCAUUGGCGAUCCCAUUCAGCAUCUGUAUUUACAUUUGGCGCGGAUCUUGUGUAUAUUGUCUUCUUCACUUAUCGGAUAUAUCUCUCAACCACAAAACAAAGAUCUGCGGGCUAUGGGGGCGUUGAUGCUCCGCUGGAUGAUCACAAUCAUCAUUUACUUUUUUAGCUUAUGUACAUGGCAGAUUCUCGCAUGAUAUGAGGCAUGAGGGAUGCAGACGUUGGGUUCAGAGAAAGCGAGUUUGGCAUUUCAAGGCACUGAACGGGACAGGUGUGCGCAUUCUUGGUAGCGACUCGAUUUGUCCAUAGCGAUGAGGAUGGGAUGGUUAGUUGCCAUCCAUGAGCAAUUCAUUCUUAUAGAGUGGUCGAAAUGCGUAGCGAACUUGGACGGUGUUCAUUCGUGGCACUC